AUGGCAGGCGCGGAGCUCAGUAAGAAGCCGCCAAGGGAACCUGAGGAGGAUGGCUGGCCGCGGUUGAACCGGCGGGGAAGUGGAGUCGAAGAGGACACAGGAGGAGAUGAGGCGGAUGGAGCGAGCAGGAAAGAGGAAAGAGAAGCGCCGGCGAGGGUGGUGGUGGCUAUGGAGCUCACAGCUGAUUACCUCGCCACGCUCCUCGCAUGCCUCUGCCCGCCGCCUUCCUCCCUUUCUCCCCCUUCCGCUCCCCAUUCCGCUCCCCGUUCCGCUCCCUCUCCCCCUCUCCCUUCCGCUCCCCAUUCCGCUCCCCCUUCCGCUCCCCCUUCCGCUCCCACUUCCGCUCCCCCUUCCGCUCCCCCUUCCGCUCCCCCUUCCGCUCCCCAUUCCGCUCCCUCUUCUGCUCCAUCUUCCGCUCCCCAUUCCUCUCCCCCUUCCGCUCCCCCUCCCGCGUCACCCGCCCCGCGUCGUCCCAUCGCCGUGUGCCCCAUAGACGUGGUCUCGCUGCCUCCCCGCCGCUGCGCUGACCUCGCGUGGCGCUCCCAGCCGUGCCUCAUCGUGUGCCAGGCUGGCAGCGGGUGGCCGCAGGUGCGUGCAAGGGGGAGAGGCAGGCGCAGGGCGACUGGCGUCGGCGGCGGCGGCGGCGGCGGCGGUGGUGGUGGUGCUGCUGGUGCUGGUGGUGGUGGUGGCGCUGGUGCUGGUGCUGGUGUUGCUGCUGUUGCUGUUGCUGUUGGUGGUGCUGGUGGUGGUGAGGGGGAGAGCAAGGAUGCCGGCAGCAGCAAGGGUGGGGGUAUUUCAGGCAGAGAGGGGAGGAUGUGGGGGAAGAGAAGUGGUGGUGGCAAGGAGGUUCGUUGUGCUCGUGGAAGCGCGGUGUCAGUGUCAGCCGCAGUGGGUGGACAAGGUUUGGUGGGGAACACGCGGGAGGGGAGGUGCGGAGAGAUGGAGGAGGAGGAGGAGGAGGAGGAGGAGGAGGAGGAGGAGGAGGAGGAGGAGGAGGAGGAGGAGGAGGAGGAGGAGGAGGAGGAGGAGGAGGAGGAGGAGUGGGAGGAGGAGGAGGGUAGUGAGGAGUGGGAGGAGGAUGCGGAAGUGAAUUGGGAUGUCGAUCCCAUUCUUGGCAGAGUGGCUGUUUUCUAUACUCGCCUCAAUGCUCCUCCGCCUCCUCCUCCCCUGCCUCCUUCCCCUUCCCCCGCUCCCCCUCCACCACCAUCAUUGUCGUCGCCAUGGUUACCCCGGGCAGCAGCAGAUGGUUCUCUGCUGGUUCGCACGCUGUGUUUCCCUCAGGGGGUGGUGCAGCGUGCAUCGCAGUACAUUCACACACACGCAGCCAAGUCAGCUCAAAUGCACACAGCACAGCUCGCUCCUUCUACCACCGCUGCUGCUGGACAUGCUGCUGCUGCUGCUGCUACUGCUGCCUCUGAUCUUCCUCCUCCUACCCCACCUCCUCCUUGCCUUCCUCCCCCUCAUGCUUCUACCGGCUGCGUUGCUGGACAUGCUACAGCUGCCAGUGGCAGCAGCAGUGAAGGCAGCGGCGGUGCAGAGGGGGGCAGGUACUGCUACGUGAUGUGGACCUCUGGCUCCACGGCCACUCCCAAAGGGGUGUGCGGCACCGAGGCAGGACCGCCACAUGCCAGGAGCAGUGCAGUAGUCUCCUCUCCUGCACACGCUCACACGCCUGUGCCUUUUCACUGCCUCGUACGUGUACAUACGCUGCAUGCAUCACACCAUAUAGUCGCACAUCUCAAGAGUGCACAUCUCAAGAGUGCACAUCUCAAGAGUGCACAUCUCAAGAGUGCACAUCUCAAGAGUGCACAUCUCAAGAGUGCACAUCUCAAGAGUGCACAUCUCAAGAGUGCACAUCUCAAGAGUGCACUUCUCAAGAGUGCACAUCUCAAGAGUGCACAUCUCAAGAGUGCACAUCUCAAGAGUGCACAUCUCAAGAGUGCACAUCACAAGAGUGCACAUCUCAAGAGUGCACAUCUCAAGAGUGCACUUCUCAAGAGUGCACUUCUCAAGAGUGCAAAUCUCAAGAGUGCACAUCUCAAGAGUGCACUUCUCAAGAGUGCACAUCUCAAGAGUGCACUUCUCAAGAGUGCACUUCUCAAGAGUGCACAUCUCAAGAGUGCACUUCUCAAGAGUGCACUUCUCAAGAGUGCACAUCUCAAGAGUGCAUUUCUUCUUGCUUGCAUUCGAUCCAACCGUCAUGCAGUCGCUGGCUUUUUCAUAUCUUCUCCUGCUACCUUCCCAAUGACACUACUUCACUUCCCUUUCCUUUGUCUCCCCUCACCGCACCACAUUCUCAGCUUCCAUUCCUCCUUGCUCCUCAUCCUUAUCAUCAUUUCCCCAUCCCUUGCUGGCCUGGCGUCCUCGGACGUGGCGCUGCUGUGCUCGCCUGUGUCAUUCAUCGAUCAUCUCACCGCCUCGCUCGCUGCUCUCCUCUUCGCCUCGUCGCUGCUGCUGCCGCCGCCUCGCCUGCUGCUGCACUCCCCCGCCUCGCUCUCGCGCAUCCUGCAGGUCAGCACGCACACCGCACCGCAGCCCUGCGCAGGUGCAGCGUGGCACAGCAUCCUAGCUGCUGCAGCAGCGGCUGAUAUGGUAACACCCCUUACACAAGUGGUGGCAGCAGCAGCAGCAGCAGCAGCAGGAGGGACAGAAGGGGCAGGAUCAGCAGCAGCAGGCAAACCAGCUGAUGCAGCAGCAGGUGUAUCAAAGAGUGGAGGGCGCAGCGGCAUGCAGGGAUUGCGAGUGGUGGUGAGCAGUGGAGAGCCGUUGACAGUGGCUCUCGUGCACCAACUGCAACCCCUGCUGCACCCCUCAUGCCGCCUACUCAACCUCUACGGCUCCACUGAGGUGUCGGGUGACUGUCUCUUCUUCGAUGCCUCGUCACUGCUCUCCCACCACCGCCACUCUGCCUCUCCCUCCCCAUCCUUGCCCAUGCCUCCAAUCACCAAGCCUGAAACCAACACCACUAGUGCCGGCGGCAGCACCAGCAGCAGCACCAUCAGCAGCAGCAGCACGGUUGCAGUGGUGCCGGUGGGGGUGCCGCUACCACACACGUGGGCAGCAGUGCUGGACCCACACACACUGCAGCCUCUCCCCCCCGCAUGCAUGGGCGAGCUCUAUGUGGCUGGCGUGGGGCUCGCUGCAGGCUACCUAGACGACCUCGUGCUCCCAGGGGGAAGGGGAGGGGGGCUUUUGAGACGUCUCAAAAGUCAUGUGGCUGGCGUGGGGCUUGCUGCAGGCUACCUGGGCGACCUCUGGACAAGGGGCAAGAGGGGUGUGAGGGGCAAGGGUUGCGUGAGGGGCAAGAGCGACGUGAGGGGCAAGGGUUGCGCGAGGGGCAAGAGCGACGUGAGAGGCAAGAGCGACUUGAGGGGCAUGAAGGCCAUGAGCAGGGGAGGACGGGUGGGGUUUUUGUGGUGUACGGGCGGCAGCAGGGGCAGAGGGUGGUGA